CUCAGCCUGGAAAGGGAGACACUGGGGAGGCCUCACUGCAGCUCUGCAGGACUGGAAGGGUCCCACAAGAAAGAUUGGGACAGAGUGUUCAACAGGGCCUGUGGCAACAGGACAAGGGGGGAUGGCUUUCAGCUGCAGGAGGCUGACUGAAGUGGGAUCUAAGGAAGCUGCUCUUUUACACUGAGGGUGGUGAGGCACUGGCCCAGGCUGUGGAUGCCCCAUCCUUGGGAACUGGGCUGUGAGCAGCAUGGUCUGGGGGAAGAUCGCUCAGCUUGGAACAAGAUGCUCUUUAGAUCAAUUGUGAUGUCACAUUCCAUGUUCCAGCUGGAACUUCCAGCGUCCAGCAAAGAGCACAACACAACCACUGGCCCUGGUGUCAGUCCACCCUUCACCCUGCUCCUGCCCACUCCUGUCACCCUUCCUGUCACCUGCCCACUGAUACCCCAAUCAGUCCUGCAAGCUCCCUAUUGCCUGGAUUGUGUCAUCCAUCCCUGCAGGAUGCUGACUUUGGUACUGAGGAAGACUGUCACAGACAGAGAGGAAGAGAUGGAGGUCGACCAACAGACUGAUACAGAGGAGGACAUGGAAACGGAGGGCGAAGAGAUUGGAGAGGAAGAGAUGGAGGUGGAUAUGGAAGAGGAGAUGGAAGUGGAAAUGGAAGUGGAAAUGGAAGAGGAUAGUGAGGACAUGGACACUGAUGAGAAAGAUGAGGAAGAGUCUAUGAUCUUGGGAUGAAGAUUGAUGCCAGCAGCAGGACAGGCAUGAGGCCCCCACAGGCAGAGUGGGUCCCCUGCUGCCAGGCUGAGGCUGGACUGCGUGGUCCCUGCUCAGGGACA